AUGAAGUUGAUUGUUGCAGUAGGUUUGCUCUGUCUGGUGGCAGUGUAUGGACGGGAACUUGGAGAAGAUGAAAAGGAUCUCGUAGCAGCGGCGAGCGACAAAGGCCACCACCACGAAUCUGGUGGCGGCAAGGAGCACCAUCACCAUCACCACCACGACCACGGAGAUAAGGGACACAAGGGCCACAAAGGUCACCAUCAUCACCACAAAGGAGAACACGGUGAACACGGCAAACACCAUCACGGUGAACAUCACCACGAGCACGGCGACCACCACAAGAAGCACUGGCAUGAGGAUGAUCAUCACGGUCAUCACCACGAAGCCGGACACCACCAUAAAGGUGGCAAACACGGCCACCACAAGCAUCACGACAAAGGAGAGAAAACCGACGGCUACCACAAGAAAUACCAUAAGGAUCACUUCCACAAGGACCAUCACUUCUACGAUGACCAUCAUCAUGAAGGCAAGCACCACAAGCACGGGCAUCACGAUGGACAUCACGAAAAGCACGGCGGGCACCACAAGAAAGGAGGACACCAUGAUCAUGGUCAUCAUGAGCAUCAUCACGGUAAACACGGUCAUCAUGACAAGCAUCAUCACGAUGAAAAGCAUCACGGCCACAAGGGUCAUCACGGUCAUGAAGAACAUCAUCAUGGUCAUCACGACCAUGGCAAAAAGGGUGGUCAUAAGGACCAUAAGGAAUGGGGCUUCCAUCAUGGCAAGCAUUGA